CACUCCUCUCUUCAUCUGCCGCGCUCACGGUCAUCCUCCCGCUUGCUCCAGUUCUGCGUGUCCACCCCAGGCUCCCUUCUGCGGUGCGGUACCUUGCGUGCUUCAACCACCCGCCAUGGCUUCAGCUGUAAUCGUCGACGCCGACAUGGUGGCCGCUCUCCGCGACGCGGUACGCGAGUGUGGCGAUAGAGGACUGAUCAACGCGUUCAAGUGGGCGUCUGAACUGCUCCUAGGAAUCCCGGACCAAAAACGACGUGCCCCACCUCCGCCAAACGAGGCGGUCGCGGCACCAAUCACACAACCUAGACAUGCCAACGCCCCGCGGCUCCAGUCUCUUCCUGAGAAUGUUCGCAGGCAAGAGAAGGAGUGGGAAGAGGAAGACAGGGACUACAUCACGACUGCUCGGGCACUCUUCGAUGGCAAGGACUUUGUGAGGGCUGUCCACUGGCUGAGGACUUGCAAGAGUGCAAAGGCUCAAUUCUUGAGUGUAUAUAGCCAGUAUAUGGCUAGUGAGAAACAGGCUUUGAGAGAUUGGUAUAAAUUGGACAAAACGCGCCACCAACCUAUACUACCUGUCAACACAUCUCUCAUUGACCUGCUGGAGAUGGUAAGGAACGCAACAGAUCCGUUCCUGCUUUUCCUGAAGGCCCUGUUUCUAUGUCGGCUAAACCGCCGAGAAGAAGCCAUAGAGAGCGCCCUCCUAUCUAUUGCCUCGUACCCUUGGAAUUGGUCGACAUGGAUGGUAUUGGGUGAAUGCCUAGGAGAUAGCGAAGAGCUAUCAUCCAUGCUGCCUUUACUGCCGUUGCCACCGACACAUCCACUCGUGCAGAUGUUCCAAAUCAAGACAUUGAACACUUUCCAUAGCCCUACGGAUAAUGAGUUGGGCUUAUGUGAUCGACUGCUUGGAGAGGAGCUCUUCCCUCGCAGUCUUUGGAUCAUGUCACUCCGCGCCGGAGUGCUGUAUCAUAUGCAUGACUUCAAUCAGGCUGCAACACAGUUCCAAAAGAUCUUCGCUGUUGAUCCCUAUCGCAUAGACGAUAUUGACAUAUAUUCCAAUAUUCUCUACGUGACAGAGGAUCAGUCUGCGUUGUCUACAGUGGCACAUGAAUUCACUAUCAUCGAUAAAGACCGCCCAGAGAUCUGUUGUCUCAUCGGGAAUUAUUUCUCUCUUCGAAAUGACCACGAGAAGGCCAUCAAAUACUUCAAGCGUGCAACUCAACUGGACAGAACAUAUCUGUCCGCGUGGACGCUGAUGGGCCACGAGUACGUGGAGACGAAGAAUUCCCAUGCAGCCAUCGAGGCGUACCGCAAAGCAGUAGAUGUUAAUCGGAAGGAUUACCGCGCAUGGUACGGUCUAGGGCAAGCUUACGAGCUGCUCAGCAUGCAUCAGUAUGCGCUCCAUUACUACCAGCGAGCCACAGCGCUACGGCCGUACGAUGUCCGCAUCUGGCAAGCACAGGGCAUCUGCUAUGAAGAAAUGGGACGACCGCGCGAAGCCAUGGAGUGUUUCAAGCGCGCGCUGAUCGGGGCGGACCCGUACGAGACGAACAUUCAUCUCAAAUUGGCCAAGCUGCACAAUGACCUGGACGAGUUCGCAGAAGCUGCGAGUUACCACAGACGGGUGAUGGAUGUGUGCCAAGCCGCAAGGGAUUUGGUCUUGGCGAAAGAACUCCUGGAGCCCAUCGCUUCCAGCAAUGCAGAAGAAGUCGGACAGGCGACUGAGCUCCUGAAGAGAGCAAGGAUCGCGUUGGCCAAGAUGCAGGCGGACGCCGCCCAAGCACAGAGUCAAACUCAAGCUCCUCAUGGUGCCGGGGGUACCAGUCAAGCUGGCGGCGUCUGAUUUGGUCUGAGCUUGCGUCUGUGUGGAUAGCAUUGUAUUGUAAUUAGGUCACAAAGUUCCGGGACUGUUGUACUCUGCGCCCGUGCGGCCGAUUGUAUUGGGAGCGUAAGUAGCAAGAACGUAUUCGAGA